AUGCACAUCAAGCAAAUCAUAAUUCAAGGUUUUAAGAGUUACAAAGACCAAACUGUCACUGAACCUUUUUCCCCUAAGCACAAUGUCAUUGUUGGGCGCAAUGGCUCGGGAAAGAGUAACUUCUUCAAGGCAAUACAGUUUGUCCUCAGUGAUGCCUACACUCAGAUGGGACGAGAAGAGAGGCAGGCGCUUCUUCAUGAAGGUUCUGGGUCUGCAGUCAUGUCAGCCUACGUCGAGAUUGUGUUCGACAACAGCGACGACAGAUUUCCGACUGGCAAGGAUGAAUUAAUCCUGCGACGAACGAUAGGCUUGAAGAAGGAUGAAUACUCACUCGAUCGGAAGAACGCGACAAAAGCAGAUGUGAUGAACCUUCUCGAAUCCGCCGGGUUCUCUCGUUCAAACCCAUACUACAUCGUUCCUCAGGGUCGCGUAACAGCGUUGACCAAUAUGAAGGACUCGGAACGACUAUCUCUGCUCAAAGAGGUUGCUGGCACCCAAGUUUAUGAAGCUCGUCGAACAGAAUCGUUGAAAAUAAUGAAUGAGACCAAUAACAAGCUCCAGAAGAUUGAUGAGCUUCUCGACUUCAUCAACGCACGCUUAGCUGAGCUCGAACAAGAGAAAGAAGAGCUUCGAAGCUACCAGGAUAAGGACAAAGAGAAGCGCUGUCUCGAGUACACUAUAUUCUCUCGAGAGCAAGCAGAGAUAACGUCCGCGCUAGAACAGAUCGAGGACCAGCGCCAAACUGGCUUAGACGGCACGGAUGAGAACAGUGAACUUUUCUUGCAAGGUGAGAAGGAUAUGACACAAAUGACCACUGAAAUCUCUCGCCUGAAGCAGCAGAUGGACUUCUUAAUGGUAGACAAGCGACAGCUUGAAGAGGAGCGGAGAGAUAAUGCGAGAGCACGAGCUCAGACCGAGCUGCAGAUAAAGACUCUUACGGAUGGGCAGUCUGCAUCUCAACAAGCAAAAGCCAAACAUGAUGCGGAAAUGAAACGUCUGCAUGAGGCUAUCUCUGAGCGUGAAAAAGAGCUCACUGAGCUACUUCCGGAGUACAAUAAUCAGCGCCAACAAGAGAGGGAUCUGAAAACAAGGCUCGAUGAAGCUGAAGUAGCACGACAAAGAUUGUAUACGAAGCAGGGCCGCAAUGCAAUAUUUAGGAAUAAGAAGGAACGGGAUGACUGGCUUCGGGACCAGAUCAACGACGCGUUCACGUCGUUGUCCAAGGUCAAGGCCGUCAAAAUGCAGACGACCGAGGAAAUAGCACAGCUUGAGAAGGACAUAGCGAUCGCGGAUCCUGCUAUAGAGAAGCUCCAAAAUCAGCUUUCUGGUCGGGGCGACGCUGUAUCAGAGCUCGACCAAGAGAUACAGGCAGCGAAAGAGGCGCGUGACCGGCUCAUGGAUAACAGAAAAGAACUUUGGAGAGAGAUGGCUAAGACUGACACCGUGGUCGCUAGUGUCAAAGAUGAGCUGGCACAAGCCGAGCGCCAGCUUUCACAUAUGAUGGACAGUAAUACCAGCCGAGGCCUAGCUGCAGUUCGCCGUAUCAAGAAGCAAUACCAGCUUCCGGGCGUUUUCGGUACGUUAGCGGAGCUGAUCGAUGUGCCGGAGAGGUAUCGUACGGCAGUUGAAGUUAUUGCAGGAAACAGUCUCUUUCAUUGUGUUGUCGAUAAUGAUGAGACAGCUACCAAAGUGCUCGACAUCCUGAAUAAGGAGAAAUCUGGCAGAGUCACUUUCAUGCCUUUGAACCGCCUAAAGCCAAAAAUUCCAGCUUACCCGCAGGCACAAGACGCCAUUCCCCUUAUUUCGAAGGUUCAGUUCGAAAAGCAGUACGAAAGGGCCGUGCAGCAGGUGCUCGCCAGUAGUAUUAUCUGCCCAAACUUGACCGUGGCAUCUCAGUAUGCCCGCAGCCACCAUCUCAAGGCUGUCACCCCCUUCGGAGAUACGGUGGAGAAGCGUGGCGCGCUCACGGGUGGUUUUCAUGACCCUAGGUCGUCCAGAUUGGAGGCCACUCGUAAUGUUAUGAGGUUGCGCGAGGAAUUGGAGACGAGCCGAGCUCGGGAUGGGGAGAUUGAGAGAGAGGUGCGACAGCUAGACCAAAGAAUAACCAAAGCAGUCGGAGAACUACAGAAGCUGGAGCAGCAAAAGCAACAACUACAAAGCAAUCAUGAACCUCUGAAAGAGGAGCUCAAUAGCAAGCUUGCCUCUCUCAGGAACAAACGGCAAAUCCUGGAGCAGAAGCAGCAAGCGAAGGCCACCAUCGAGUCGAACGUCAGAGCCUUGAGCGACCAGCAGAACGCGCACGAAGCCGAGCUUGCCACAGAGUUUAAAAAGGCGCUUACUGAGGCAGAAGAGAAUCAGCUUGAACAGCUCACUACCACAGUACAGAAUCUUCGAGAGGAGUACGUGUCUCUCUCUGCCACUCGAAGCGAGCUUGAGGUACGCAAGUCAGUCCUCGAAGUCGAGCUCAACGACAAUUUAAGGCCUUCGCUCGAGCAGCUACAAUCUGAAGACCUUGACCGCGAAGGGGAUUAUAGCGAUAAAGGGACCCUCAAGGAGCACCAGCGUGACCUGAAACGCCUGACGGGUGUUGGCGAUGCCUUGUCUCGACGUUUGAAUGAGAACGAGACUUCAUUAGAAAGUUCUGCUUCUGAGAUUAGGAAACUUGAAAAUCGAAUCGCAGAGACAAGGAAGAAACAAGAAGACCUCGCAAAGACUAUUGAGAAACAACAACGAAGGAUGGAGAAAUCAACCCAGAAGAAAAUGGCAUUGCAGACUCAAUUGCAGGCUACUAGUGAUGCUAUCCGUGGGCUUGGCUUGCUGGCUGAGGAUGCUUUCAAGAGCUACAAGAACCUUGACUCCGCCACGGUCAUGAGGCGGUUGCACAAAACGAACGAGUCGUUGAAGCAAUUUAGUCAUGUGAACAAAAAGGCUUUUGAGCAGUACAAUAGCUUUACCAAGCAAGGUGCGGAACUUCGCGACCGGAGGAAGGAAUUGGAGGAUAGCCACAAGUCAAUUGAGGAUCUAGUGGAGGUUUUGGAUCAGAGAAAAGACACUGCAAUUGAAAGAACCUUCCGUGGGGUGUCGAAAGCGUUCGCUAGCGUUUUCUCAGAAUUGGUUCCUGCAGGUCGCGGAAGACUCAUCAUCCAGAGGAAAACCGACCGCUCCACAGCCCCGGACGACGAAGAUUCUGAGGACGAGCAAGCCCGAAAAUCUGUAGAGAACUAUACCGGCGUAGGAAUCAGCGUCAGUUUCAACAGCAAACACGAUGAUCAGCAGCGGAUCCAGCAGCUUUCAGGAGGUCAAAAGAGUCUUUGCGCACUUACUCUCAUCUUCGCCAUCCAGGCUUGCGACCCUGCACCAUUUCACCUUUUCGAUGAGAUCGAUGCCAACCUCGAUGCUCAGUAUCGAACAGCAGUAGCACAGCACCUACAGUCACUAUCACAAAAUCGAGAAGAUGAACGGGCCAGCCAGUUCAUAUGUACAACCUUCCGCCCAGAGAUGUUACUAGUCGCAGAAAAAUGCUAUGGUGUGAGCUACAAAAACAAGACUAGCAGCAUAGGUCUAGUUUCUAAAGAAGAGGCUUUGAGCAACGAGUUCGAUCUCAGAGAUAGACACGAUAUCGUCACUCCCAUCACGACAUUCAGCAAAGCAAACACGACGCCUGUCCCCAAAAUACAACUCCCUGCAGGCUACCGGGAUUUCGCUAAGUUCAAGAACGCCGCUUAUGAAGUUUCUCACAGACUCUUCCCAAGCUUUGAAUCUCGACUCAGGUCUUCGGCAAUAGCUGCGUUGCUCAAGCGUGUCGUAGAGAUUAAUAAUGAUUCCGGGUAUGCCAUGAGUCGUCUAGGCUUGGAAGACGAUUACGAUGCAUAUACGGAGCGAAUAGGUAUGGACCGGGACGACGAAGUAGCGGCAAGGAGGCUCGACGAGAUCAGUCACCAGUGUGCAGAAAUGCUGUUCGAACACGGUGCCCUGAGAGCUGUGCGUGCAGCCGAAGCGCCUUGCCCUGCUCUUACUCGAAACAUCUACCGUACUCAUACGCGUAGCAGGUGGGACGCUGGAGUACUCAACGCCGAUAAAAAUGCUGUUGUGCCGUCUCAGAGAUCUCAUGCUUUGGAUUACCUGAAUGAUAAGAACGAUAUGUGGGUGCCUCGCAGGGUCGCGGAGCUUGAGUUCAAUACGGACGGGAACUCAGUCAAAGAAUUAACGGGUCCUCGAGUAGAUUUUGUCUAUCCCGACUAUAAACCUUUUUCGGGUUGGUGGCCAACAGGAAGCAUGAAAGGCCACGGAGAAGUAGUCCAGGGUAGCCACAUGCGGGUGACUCGCAAGAUCGGGGCACAGAUGUCGUGUGGCAUGCAGCAAGGCACGUUCCUUUCCUAG